CUCCAUGGUAACGUGUGCUAAGUUGCAGCAGUCGUGUCAAAGUUCACUAUAUAGAGGCUCAGUGAGCUGAUCAGAGAGAAAGCAUUCAGCCUGCCCGGCUCCAACCCAAUCACUUCCUCACCUCCGCCUUUUUAACAUAUUCCAUCACUUUCUAUCUUUAUUCUCCUCUCCUGUUAUUUCUCUGUGCACGGAGGAAGGCUCUGCAGGUUGUGAUCUCUGCGAGGCUUUUUUUGUUUGUGUUUUUCGGUGCUUUCGCUUUUUUUCCGCUGGAGAGAGUUGGUCUUCAUAUUCCCGGACUCUGAGAUCUGCUUUUGGCUUCAGCAGCGCGCUUGUCUGGCGCUGCCUCACAAGAAGAAGAAGAAGGAGAAGAAGAGGGAGGAAAAAAAAAAAAUCAGAAGAGGAAGAAGACGCGAUUUUUUUUUUUUUUUUAAACCCAGUUGGUGAUUUUCUUCAAGACUUGUGCUGGAACUUGAUAGUCGGCGCUCACCAGUUGUCCUGAGCUGCUGCUGCUGCUGCACCAACCUGCUCCAUGAUCCGCUGAUAGUCCUCUGCUCCCUCGGCUUACUAUCUCAAUAUUUACCCUCCUCUCCCAUCGAUGGCUGUGCUGGAUGGCUGACUGUAAGCGCCCCUGGACUUGGCCUUUAAGCGCAAGGCAGCGACUCAGCUCGCCAUCGCAUCAGUUUUGAAAAAAAAAAACGUGCUUCGCAACGUCUCCCACAGCAAUAAACCGACAGUUUCCCGGAGGUUCACAGUGGAUCCGACGUAGGCUAGACUUGACGUGUCCCCCGCGCGCCUGGCUGUUAAAUCACAGUUCCCUCGCGUUUCCCCGAGACGUCUGUUCCAGCGCGACACCAAAACGGCAGACAAAAAGUUUCUUUACGUUGACUGAUAGAUAUGGCAAUGGUAGUGUGGAGAGGCUCCCAGGACGAUGUGGCUGACACCCAGGGCUCCCUUUCCUCGCAGAGCCAAGGAGGACUAUCCCUGCCCACCCCUCAACCAGGCCAGUUGAAUCUGUCAUCCUCUCAGGUCGCCCCUCCGACCCCUCAGACUCCGGUGCAGGGACCCCCGAACAACACGCAGUCCACGCCGACGAACCAGACGACGCAGCAGUCGGAGAAGCAGCAGCCGCAGCACAUCGAGUGCGUGGUGUGCGGGGACAAAUCCAGUGGCAAGCACUACGGCCAGUUCACGUGCGAGGGCUGCAAGAGCUUCUUCAAGCGGAGCGUACGGCGGAACCUCACGUACACGUGCCGUGCCAACAGGAAUUGUCCAAUCGACCAGCACCACCGCAAUCAGUGCCAGUACUGCCGCCUCAAAAAAUGCCUGAAAGUCGGCAUGAGACGGGAAGUUUCUCUUUUUACUGCAGCGGUGCAAAGGGGACGGGUGCCACCCACACAGCCACAUCAUGGCCAGUUCGCGUUGACAAAUGGAGACCCACUCCACUGCCAUUCCUACCUAUCCGGAUAUAUCUCUCUUCUGCUGAGAGCGGAGCCCUACCCGACGUCCCGGUAUGGCAGCCAGUGCAUGCAGCCCAACAACAUCAUGGGCAUCGAGAACAUUUGUGAACUAGCGGCCAGGAUGCUCUUCAGUGCCGUGGAGUGGGCCAGGAAUAUUCCCUUCUUUCCAGACCUCCAGAUCACAGACCAGGUGGCUCUGCUGAGGUUGACGUGGAGUGAGUUAUUUGUGCUCAACGCCGCGCAGUGCUCCAUGCCCCUGCAUGUGGCUCCUCUCCUGGCGGCGGCUGGCCUUCACGCCUCCCCCAUGUCCGCGGACCGAGUGGUGGCCUUUAUGGACCACAUUAGGAUCUUCCAGGAACAAGUGGAAAAGCUCAAGGCUUUGCACGUUGACUCUGCUGAAUAUAGCUGCUUAAAGGCAAUUGUGCUCUUCACCACAGAUGCUUGUGGCCUCUCAGAUGUGGCCCAUGUGGAAAGUUUGCAGGAGAAGUCCCAGUGCGCCCUGGAGGAAUAUGUCCGGAGCCAGUAUCCAAACCAGCCAACACGGUUUGGGAAGUUGUUACUCCGCUUGCCUUCCCUCCGCACAGUCUCCUCCUCGGUCAUAGAACAGUUAUUUUUCGUCCGAUUGGUAGGUAAAACCCCAAUUGAAACUCUCAUCAGGGAUAUGUUGCUGUCGGGGAGCAGUUUUAACUGGCCUUACAUGUCAAUUCAGUAAACCAAGAAGGAGACGAACAAACAAAAGGUGGGGUUGGAGGCGGGGG